GGCCGGGCGGCGCGGGAGCCGCGGGAGCCGCAUCGCCGUGGCCGCCCCGCGCCGCCGCCCAGGAUGUGGUGGGACGAGCGGGUGUCGGCGCGGUUCCGGAGGAACCUGCAGCCCACCCUCACCUAUUGGAGCGUCUUCUUCAGCUUCGGGCUUUGCAUCGCGUUCCUGGGGCCCACGCUGCUGGACCUGCGCUGCCAGACACAGAGCUCCCUCUCCCAGAUCACUUGGGUCUUCUUCUCCCAGCAGUUCUGCCUCCUGCUCGGCAGCUGCCUCGGAGGGGUCUUCAAGAGGACGUUGUCCCAGUCCUUGUUUGCACUCUUUGCCUCGUCACUGGCAAUCUCCUUGGUCUUUGCCAUCAUCCCCCUGUGCCACAAUGUGGUGGUCCUGGCGGUGGUCAUGGCUGUGGCAGGACUGGCCAUGGGUUGCAUUGACACCAUCUCCAACAUGCAGCUGGUGAAGAUCUACCAGAAGGACUCUGCCAUCUUCCUGCAGGCCCUUCACUUCUUCGUGGGCUUUGGGGCGCUGCUGAGCCCGCUCAUAGCUGACCCCUUCCUCUCGGACACCAACUGCAUCCUCUCAAACUCCACGGCCAACGCCUCCAGCAACCUCCCUCACAUCCGCAAGUCCUUGGUCCCGCAUCAUCCAGGGAACCUGUCUCAUUACGACCUGCCAAUGAAGGGCAUGGUGGUCACACGCGUCUCCUACGCCUUCUGGAUCAUGGCCCUCAUCAAUCUGCCCGUCCCCAUCGCAGUGUUCUUCCUGCUCUACAAGGAGCGGAUGGUGCCGUGCUUCAGCAGCAGCAGCCACCCGCUGCUCUCUGCCGACGAGCUGGCCAUGGAGACGCGCCCGGUGGACAAGGACGAGCUCAGCACCACUGUGCAGCGGCCGCACGGAGCAGUAGGUCAUGAUGACUUAUUUAGCUGCUGCCAAAGCAAAAACUUCAGAGGGGCUUCUUACACCUACUUCGCAGUCCACAUCACUGGGGCUCUUGUUCUCUUCAUGACUGAUGGGAUUGUGGGAGAGUACUCGGGCUUCAUUUACAGCUACGCAGUGGAGGAGCCGCUCUCUGUAGUGCACAAGGUGGCCGGGUACCUGCCCAGCCUCUUCUGGGGGUUCAUCACGCUGGGCAGGCUCAUCUCCAUCCCCGUGUCCUACCGAAUGAAGCCAGCAACGAUGGUCUUCAUCAAUGUGGUUGGAGUCCUGAUAACCUUCCUCCUGCUCCUCAUCUUCUCCUACAGCGUCGUCUUCUUGUUUGUGGGGACGGCGUCUCUGGGGCUGUUCCUCAGCAGCACCUUCCCCAGCAUGUUGGCCUACACCGAGGACAUCCUGCAGUACAAAGGCUGUGCCACAACCGUGCUGGUGACUGGAGCUGGAAUCGGGGAGAUGGUGCUGCAGUUACUGGUGGGAUCGAUUAUACAUGAUCAGGGCAGCUACAGUUUCCUGGUGUGUGGGAUGAUCUUUGGAGGCUUGGCCUUUACCUUCUACGCCUUCCUCUUGUUUUUCCACAGGAUGUACCCCAAGCCCUCAGCAGACGUGGACGAUGCCUCCCCUGACAAACCAGCAGCGAGAGAUGACACUGGGCAGUACCAGCGCUAAAGCAGCAGCCAAGCCCUAGACAAGCAAUAAACCACCACACAAUGAAGCAUUACUCUUACGGAUGAUUUCGCAUUUAAUGACUGAAUCAUGCAAGUUCUCUGCAAUCAAAAGCACAUUAGAGAGAUUGGGUAAGUCAGAAUCAAGAAAACAUCCUAAAACACUGCGUCAAGCUAAGCACAAGUUGCCCGUGUCACACACACCAAAAAAGACUGUCAGCAUCAGCCUGACCCUGCGUCUGAUGUCGGUGUACGGAGGGGUGAUGGGAGCAGCUCCUCCUGCCGAUGAACCUUCUUACCAGUUCAGGAUGGAGGGGGCGAAGGAAAAGGUUCUUUCUGUCCCAUAGAUAAGACCGAGUAUCUCCUGGCUUAGUCAUUGAACUGAAGCUUUUUCUUUCGGCCUGUAACAUACUGGAUUUGAUUCCUUUUUGUGUCACACUGACGCGAGUAUCUGUCACCUCCAUGUACACUGCCAAAGGGGAAAACCUACACCAUUGGUAGAGCCAACCCACCAAGUGCACAGCGGUAGCAGGACCUAUCUGUGUUUGCACAGUUGAUUCUUCUCUCUCACACAGCAUCAGCCAUGUUCACUAAGACAGUGUCUUAUGCAGCAUGCUAGGGCCUCUUGAUUCUUAAAAUCAUUAGCUUUCAUUUUGGUUUUGAGUCAAAAAUGACUUGUGGUUUGUUUUGCUUUCAGUCACUAGUUUAGCUGCUACGGUCGCAGUGUCUUUUAGGGUGGUUUUAUUUCUAGCUUCCAGUUGAAGCUUAAACAGAGGUAUUUGGGAGCCAGCCUCCAGCUGCUUAAUCUGUGCAAUACUUAUUAUCCAGGUGCCUUCCUUAAGGUACUCUCAUAGCCCACGCAUGACCUAUUACAAGCGAUGAAGAAAGGACUGGCUUUAGAAGAGUGUAAAGCUCCAUCCAUCUAUUUCUUCAGUGAGUGAUUGGACAUGUACUUUUUGCUUUAACUGCUGUAUGUGGGUGUACAUAUGUACGUGUGUAUAUAAAGCAGUGUUUAAUUAAAGGUGAUUGAUUGCUAGAUUCUCAGCAUGACUGGACUCAGGUAAUUCAGCUGGUUCUGGCCAAGACUGUAUCAGCUACCACCUUUACCUUUCAAACUCAGCCUAAAUCUAACAACUGUUUAACUUA